AUGAGCCAGAACCAAACCACCCGGACCAAUCGUCGCCUGAAGCAACUUCCAGGCGACGAUUACAACGCUUGGGCAGUCCAAGAUCCUUCCACCAGCGUUGAUAUCUGUCAAGAGCAACCAAUCCACCAGAGAGGAACUCAUGACCGGACGUGGAACCACGCCUACUCCGAAGGCACCCAGGGUGAGUAUCAAACAAAUGAACCGCAAGCAUCAGAGUGUAAAACUGAACCAAUACUUGCCACACCUCAGCACAAAAGUCCGGCGGGCCCAAAAACCCAAGCAGAUCCUGUUCAAGAUAGAGCACACAAGACUGGAAACCCACCCCAUCAAGACGAGGAGAAAGAUGUGGAGAGUGACGACUGGCCAAAUGAAGAUGUCAGUUUUGGAACUCACUUACCUGCACAUAAGAAGCUGAACCGAAGAACCAGGUUUCCAUCACAGGCCGUGACCGCACGAGAAGGCAGUGAAGAAGAAUCAGGCGACAGUUCUUCGGACGAAGAACCGGACCUCAAGCCUGUUCCAGUCACCAUGGGCAGUAGUCAGUCCUUUAAGAUCGAGGUGGCCAAGGAGCAGUACAGUCUCAUUCAGAACUUCUACACUGUGACGAAGGAAAAUAUGGAAGGUGUACUUGCCUCUAGUGACCCCGCUCUCAUUGGCAAAGAGAUCAACCUUAUGACCUCUACCUUGAAAGCCAUUCAACAAUCUGUCCGCUCCAAAGAAAAGAAACUUAACGCCGCUAUCAACGCCAAGCACCCAGAGGUCACCAUCAUAGAAAGGGCAAUGUCCCCACUUAUCCUGAAGCCCAAACAUCCGGAUACUGUUCCAGCAUUGACUGCAGGAGGGGAGGACCAAGCCCCAGGAAAACCUACUCAGGAGGCUGAGGAAGGUGUUGUGUUGAAGGGCGAUGUCGAAACUCAUUUGAGAAUUGUCGAUUCAGCAGCAGGAAAUCACAAUACAGACGGGAAUGGAGAGGCGGAAGUGGAAACACAGCCAGGCGAACGCCUUGCGGCUGAUGUGGAGGGGGCAGGGGCAGGACCGGAACGCCCUGUGGCGCAGAAGAAGCGGGCGGUGAAUGUUAGACACGCACCAACCACCACCAAGCCUCCACCUUCGAAGCGCAACCCUGCGGCCGGCAAAUUCAAAAGCGCAGAAUUUGUUGAUGACAAAGACAUGCCCAGCCAUGCGAGGAAUGCGACAACGAGCCUCACCAACCCGCCACCAGCUCCUCAGGCAGCUAAUCCGCCAACCGACUCUCAUGCUCAAGGCAGGACCACCGCGGCUACACAGCAGCCACGUACCGGACCUCCCACCGCGUCCACGUCUGCUGCCCAGUCUGCUGAACCCCUUGGGGAAGUCGUGGUACCUACGGAAAAGAAGAAGGCACGAGGGAAGAAAGGGCAAGAGGAGGAAAGGCCAGCGUUUAGGCUUGAGGUGAACAAAAACCACAAGUUUCACAAGGCCAAGAUUUACCUAGGCAAUUUGUUGAUGAAUAAGACUCCCAAAGAAACCCAGCGUAUCCUGGCCUUUGAGGAUCAAAUGCCCACUGGUCAGUACCAAUGGGGCGAGGUUCUCAGCUACCCGGUGCGCACCAUCCUGCAUGAAUGGUCCUACGACGAAGCCACCGAAGCUGGCAGGGCCAAUGCGGACGACCUUCACAAGUUUGUGCUGUUGAUGAAGGACAUGACUGAUGAUGACAAGAUGUCCACUCAAUUGAAAUCAUCGCCCUGCUUGAUGCAAAUUCAUCAGGCUGACCCGAUAUGGCGCCCUGAGAAUAUCAACUGGGCCCUUUGGGGUACUGAUGCCGAACUCCUGAAGGACCUCAAUGGUGGAUUUCAAGGAUUAUUUACAUGUCUUCAAGAAAGUUUGGAUCAUAUCACGCUAGACACUGAUCACCACGAAAUCACCAUUGUAACUGAAGGCGAAGAUUCCGUCCACGAAGACUUUGUGGAGCUUUCGAAAAGCAUGGCUUGGCUCUUCCGCGGAGCGAUGGUAUCUAAUCGGCCUGAAGUAGAUGGGAAGAAGAGUAGCACACGAAACCCGCAUCGCGGUCUAGCUUGGCUGAAACGCAAGUUUUUCUUAGUCCUUGUUGGGGUCCUGAUGGUAUACGAGGCCAAACAGCAAGAUCUUCGACUCGAACGCGCCAAAGAGAGCCGAAUGCCUCAAGCCGCCAUCACAAAGCUGAAGGCGCAGCUCAAAGACAACAGUUGCAUCAAGCAAUUUGUCCGAGAGCAGGUCAAGGUCAAGCGGCUUGCCAUCAAGGGCGACGCGCCAUCAGCUAUUGAAGGCGACGGCGCACCUACGGAACGAGAUCAUACUCGCGCGCUCUCUGAAUUCCGACGCAGUGUCAUGCAACAUAUGGCCGUCUUCUUGGCUUUCGGAACUGCCGGGUUGUUCCAUGUCUGGCCAGGAAGUCAUGAUCAAAAUGGUGUCUUCAAGACGGAGGUCAACUGGCCAACGAUGACGGACUUAUUCCGAGAUCAAUUCGAUGCCACCAAGCUGGCUCAUGUGCUCACCCUUGACAUGCAAUGCGAGAUCUGCCUGCCAGGUCAGAGCCGAUCCUUGACAGGCGCUAUUGCACCCCCGGUUAAGGACAAGGACAAGGCCAAACAGCUACUCAGACCUUCACAGGUUCAGUUUUGCAAGAUGUUUGGCCCCACCGAAGGCGACUUACAUCCAGUUUCCAAACGAGGUGAAGGCCUCCACCCGGAGAAGCAAGCUUCCAAGGACAACCCCUCGACUUCGACUUUCACCCCUCAAGAUAAAUCAGCUCCUCAGCAAACUCAAGUUCAAUCCAAGGGUGCAGGAGGUGCGGAGAAGCGUGCUAGUACGUCUUGGGCACCAGUGGUUAAGAAGAAGCGUAAGUUGGUUAAUGCUACGAGUGAAAAGGCUGGAAACAGUGCCACGGGGCCAUCUCAGGACACCCAAGCGAGCCAACAAGGUGCUUGA